CUCCCAACAUUACAUCGAACACUUGAGCACGCAAUCACUCUGACCAUCAGACUUGGCUUCCGCUACAUCUGGAUAGACUCGGUGUGCAUCAAUCAGGAAGAUUCCGACGACAAACAGAUCCAGAUUGCUAUGAUGAAAGACAUAUAUCGAGGCUCUCUUGCAACUCUUGUGGCACUGUCGGCGGAUGAUGCAAACAGCGGCAUG